AUGUUUAUUCCAAAGCUGAUAUGUUAAAUAUAAAUGAAUUAACUUUUAUGGUAACGGAAAGAAUUAUUAAAUUUAUAAAUUUUGAUAAUUGGGAUCAAAUUUUAUUGUUGGGUUGGAGACAUUUUGAUGAUCGAUUAAAAACUUCAGGAUUAAAUUUUGCAAUAUCGAAUUGGAAGAAAAUAAGGAAUACCGGGAAUAUGAAACAAGUAAUGGAAUGUGGUAAUAUGGAUUGGAUUGAAGAAUUAAUUAUUAAAAAAUUUUUUUCACCUAUUAAUAAUG